AUGGACACAGACGCCUCUCCCCUCGAUGCAGAACUCGCAUCCAUCAAGCUCGUCAACCAGGCCAUUGAGAAGAUAAUCCUCGCCAUCAAUGCAUCCACAGACAACACCAACCACGUCCAUGCCGCCGUCACCUCUGCAGACCAGCUUCUCUCCCUCUGGCAUCGCAUCCUCGCCAAAGCCGAAGGAUCUCAACGCUUGAUUCUAGAGGAAGGCUGGCAAGGCGCGUCAGCAGAUCUUCAAGCAGAGCGUGAAAAGGCAGAUUUAUCACUACAGGAACAACAAAGGCAAGCGGAACAACAACAGCAACAGCGGCAACAAGAGGAAGAACGACAGCGUCGCGCAGAAGAAGCCGCACAGCAAGCGGCAGAACAAGCAGCAUCUGCGCAACAAUUGGGCAGUGAUGGUGGGAGUAGCGGUUUGAGGCGUGGUGGUGCACGAGCAGGGACGCGUGGGGUCAGCGCGCGCGGUCGGGGUGCCAGUACACGCGGGAGUGGUGGUCUUGGAAGUAGUACGACGCGUCGAGAAGCUGCAGGAGCAGCUGCAGUGCCGGCACCGUCUGCGUAUGCGCAGCAAAAGCGCGUCGUCUCGUCAUCUGGAGCAAGUGGUGUGAUGGCCACGACUGCCGCUGCUGCAGCAAGAGCCGCGGCGGGCGCUGCGAGUAGUGAUGGACAAACGUCCGCACUCAAUAGGUCAACAGGCGGUCAAAGUACCCGUGGAAGAGGAGCGCCUGUUGUCAGGGGUACACGCGCAAGUCGAGGGCGUCAAGCUGCAGCAGGCCGUCAAGUAUCAGGCGAUCAGGCAUUCCGGUAG